AUGGAACAAAGAAUCCAAUAUGAAGUAGAGGACAAUGCAGUUGUUCUAAGAUGGUCUGGGCAGUCUCAAAUUAUCAAAGGAAAUAACUUAUCACCAGGAUAUGUAUCAGACCUUAUCGGCUAUACUGAUAUCAAUAUUCUGGGGCAUGUGGAUAUAUCAGCUGUGGACCUGUUUGAAAGAAGGAGAGGACAUGCACCUUUGAUGGUCUCCAGACAAUAUGGAUCGAGGCAAUUUAUUCCUGUAACAUCGGGUUUGUCUGAAUCAGAUCAAAGGCCUUCACAAGAAUACGAGCGAUGGAUAAUCAGCCAAGUCAACGACAAACUCCCAAUGGUUAAUAUUGAGAAUGUUCUACCUAUCCAAGAACAUUUAAGAGUUAUACCAUCUCCAUUAGAGUUGGCAAGACAAGACUUUGAGAUUGAAAUGGAGCAAUGGAAAAGAACUCUGCAAAAAUUAGAAGUGGAAGUAUACCAUAAAGGAAUUGAAAUAGACAUCUAUAAAGGACGAGCAUAUCAGGUUAGCAAAGUUGAAAAACAUCUCAUAUUAGAUUUUAAUGAUCUCCAGUCAUCUUAUCAGCAGAUGGAAGCAUUAGAGCAACGAUUGCUGGAAAAUCAAGCUCAAAAUCAGAAACUAAAAAACAAGAUCUUAAGGAUAGAGACGGAAGUACAAAGCCAAGAAAGUAACUUAGAAGCUAAAAGCCUGAGAAAGCAAGUAAAUGAACUGGAGGCCAAGGUCCAAGAUCUUCAGAGGAAGGAAAAUCAACUCCCUAUUGUCCCUUAUGAAGGAAUUUUGCAAUGGAGUUAUCGUUGGGAACGUGCCCAAUGGAAAGUCGAACAAAGAGAUGAUCUUAUUGCAAAAUAUUUGGAGCAAGCUCAGGGAGUGGUGCAAUACUUGGUUGAUUUGGCAUAUGAGGCUACCACUUUAAGUGAAGGAUUAGAUCCAGAAACCAAAGAAGCUCAUAAGGUCUUUGAGUUACUUGAGCAUUUACAGCAGUUAGGAGAAAUUUCUCAGAUAAUAUUGGACACCUCUAAGCAUCCAUACAAUACCAGAAAAAGGGUAAUGGACGAUAAAAUCACUCAAAUUAAAAAGACUCAGCUUGAGAUGCAAGAAAAUUUUAAGAAAGCCCAGGAAGAAAUGUAUGAACAAAUGCUGAAAUCCCAUAAUGAUAUUAUGAAAAUAUUUGCAAGUAUGUUACAAAGGAGAGGUAUGGACCAAGUAAAUACCUCAGCUGUUGGUACUAUCACUGAAGAAUCUUUGUACCCUCCAGGCUUUACACCAAGAGCAGAUUGUCAAAAAGCUCAAAACAUGGAAAAGAAAAUCAAUGAAAGUUUCAAGCAUUAUGCCCAGAGAUGGAGGGACAUAGUUGUACAAGUGCAUCCACCCAUGGAAGAAGAAGAAACAAAUAUACUCUUUGUAAACACCUUAAAAGAUCCUUUCUUUACUCACCUCAUAGGGAAUUCUUUUAAGAGCUUCGCUGACAUAGUCACAGUAGAUUUUCGGGCUUUGGUACAAAAGAUGAUGGAUGAAAAAGAAAUGGAAUUUUUCAAGGAAACACCAGAAGAAGAGGAAAUGUAUAUUUGUGCCUCCGAGGGAUCAUCUAGAGAGAAAGAUCGAUUUGGUUUGGGAUAUCAACCGACUGUAAAGGAGAAACAGAGGGGUAUUAGAAAGAAUCAAGAACUGAGGAAGGAAAAGUUAGCUGGAGAAGAUCUCAUAUGGGAACCAAUGAUUUUUCUACCAUUGAGUAAUACUUUUGUGUCUGGAGGACACAUUUUUCAAGAGGAUCAGCAAAACAAAAGGUUGAUUGUUGAGAAUACUUUGAAAGAAAUGAGUAUAAAUGUCAUAUCAGACGAUGAAUCUGUAGAAAAGAAAGCUAUCGGCAUUUACCCCGCACCAUCAGACUUUGAGUUAAGUAAUUGGACUGCAGAAGAAUUACUUGUAGUUUUCAAGUCUUUUUCAGAGUAA